AUGGGCAAAUCACAGUCAAAACUUUCCCAGGAGCAGCUGGCAGAGCUGCAAAAGUCGACACAUUUUGAUAAGAAGGAGCUGCAGCAGUGGUACAAGGACCCCCAAGGCUUCCUCCGCGACUGCCCCUCGGGCAUGCUCACCAAGGACGAGUUCCAAAAGAUCUACCGCCAGUUCUUCCCCUUUGGCGACCCUUCGAGCUUUGCCGACUACGUCUUCAACGUCUUUGACUCGGACAAGUCCGGCACCAUUGAGUUCAAGGAGUUUAUCGUCGCCUUGUCGGUCACCUCCCGCGGCAAGAUGGAGGACAAGCUCGACUGGGCCUUCCAGCUCUACGACAUUGACGGCGAUGGCAAGAUCAGCUACGACGAAAUGCUGAAAAUUGUCGAAGCCAUCUACAAAAUGGUUGGCUCCAUGGUCAAGCUCCCCGAGGACGAAGACACACCCGAGAAGCGCGUCAAGAAGAUCUUCCGCAUGAUGGACAAGGACGAGAACGGCAGCCUCGACAUGGACGAGUUCAAAGAGGGCAGCAAGCGCGACGAGACCAUUGUGUCCGCCCUGUCGUUGUACGACGGGCUGGUGUGA